UAUGUAUGAAUGUAUGUAUGUAUGUAUGUAUGUAUGACUGUAAAUACUUGAUGACCACACACCGAAAACCCUUACUAUUUUACUACCUUACUACUUUACUAUUGCUCUUUACUACCACCACCAUCAUUACCACCACCAUCACCACCACCAGUUACAAAUAAGAAAGUUAGCCACCGCUGCCUCGUAAAGCCAAACCGCGACCAGCAAACACAGACUAAGAACCUUCCUUAACCCCUACCACCACCACCACCACCACCACCACCACCAGCCAAAAGAUUAAGAAUACGAGAGUUACCGUUCCCACACAGACGUAGAUCCUUCACGCCGCUGUCAACUCAACGAUGGACCCCGCUAAUAUAUUCAAGAUCAUCACCAACAGCACGCUCCUGGCCACCCGCUUGCUCCCGUCCGGCCAGUCCUCCUCGCCGCUUGAGUUCUCGGCCGCCCGCUACUGCGCCGCCCUGCCCGAGGACUCCCCCCUGGCGGCGAGCGUUGCCACCGUAACCGCCACACACAAGAGCGGAGCUGAGGUACGGUACAGCAUCGCUGGCGGCAACAGGGAUGGACUCUUCACCAUCGACCAGCGCUCCGGCACCAUCACCCUCGCCGCCGCCCUGGACCACGAGCUGAGUGACCAGCACGAGUUGGUGGUCACGGCCGAGGGAGAGGGAGCCGCCGCCCGCGUCCUGGUGCUGGUACGGGUCGGUGACGUCAACGAUAACCCUCCAGAGUUUGUACGUCCCGCGCCUCGCCUCACCGUGAUCGAGGAGGACGACAGAGACCUUCCAGCCACUAUUACGAGGGUGGAGGUGACGGACGCGGACAGCAGCGACGCGGGGAGGCUGGUGUUCCGACUGAGCGGCGACGGUGUGGACAACCAGGCCGAGGGGGAUGAGUUCUUCACUGUCAACGCCCGCACCGGAGACCUCAUCCAACUGCGGGCGUUGGACCGAGACCCACCGCAGGGGAGGGCCGUCUGGAGGCUGCGGGUGGAGGUGCGGGACGGACAGGGACACGGCGAAGGUCAGGAGGCACCACCGCCCAUUCUGCCUCACCCACGCCCGCCUCACGUCCACCGCCAGGCAUCGUGGGGGCACCAGGACCCUGAAAACCCCAAUCCUACAGAGAUAGGGCCGAGGAACCUCUUUAGUGGCGGUGGCGAGGCGGUGGGAAAGACAGAGUAUAAGAGGCAAGCUCCUAUUGGGCCCGGAAGAAAGGAGAAACACCGCCUAUCGCCCCGAAGCACCGCCAAAGAGGACGUUUCCCUAGCAACGAGCGGAAACAGUUUGAUUACCGCAGAAGGAAGGGCACAAAGGAUAACCGCCGCGCGAGGACCCAGAACGCUGAAAAAGAGUAGAAGGUGGAAUCAAGUAGCGGAGGAGGCGAUUAUGAGACCCUCCAGCAACGGGGAAGUGACGACUGGGGAUUUUUCUCAGACGGGGACACGGAAGGAGAUCAGGAAAUUAGCCGCGUUCAGACCAGAGGAAAAACCCUUCCCUGAGGACAAAGCUUGGUAUAGACGCCAGGCAGGAGGUGAGGCUUUUACCACUGCACCAAAAGCCCGAAUUCUGCAGGCCACUGAGCUUUUGGGAGACGGAGAAUACCAAAAUACCAACCACUCCUUGAUACCAUACUCCAGCAAGGUGGCGCUGCAUAACCCAUUUCCAUAUCUCCAGCCACACACCACCACCAGUACCACCGGCGCCACAGGUCCUCAUCAUCGCGGGAAACAACACUGGGUCCACUCCUCGCAUUUACAUAUGAAAAACAAAUCAGACUCCACCACCUUGCCACUUCAAGACGACGCCAAAAACGGGUGUGAGGCACGGAGCAACCACGUGGGAGCGGCCCCUCAUGACUUGCAAAUGAGGGACGUAAGCGCCUCCAGAGAGCCGCGUUUCGUAAAGUAUUACCUACGUGACACUUCUUACGGGGCGGGGAAGCAACAGGACGAGUCGCGAGGAGUCCGCCGCCGACGACAAACACGGCAACAGCAGCUUCACCGAGAACAAGGGACAACUCUCACCACAACAGCAAACAAAGCGACGGGUAGCGGAGAUUUAGACCCCAGAUUUAGGAUGCCGGUGGGUAAUGCGAGCCUUGUUUUACCAUCUCCUUAUGCUAAUGACCCACCUGGACCUUAUGGCACCCUCAACAGCGACCCUAAGCCAAGAAUCAAAGGUCGGGUACUGCAUGGUCCACGCCUCACCGCCUGGACGGACUCUCAUAGACCUUACGACCCCCUCACCAGCGACACUAAGGCAAAAAUCAAAGGCCGCCUCGCUGACAGGACAGAAGGACCAAGGACGGCGCUGAAUACUGACCCCGGAUCAACGAGUACCAUAAAAGCUUCACCGCGGCGCAAAAGGGAAACUUUUGACACCUCCUCGAGUGAAUUCAGAUCCUCCGUGAAUAGCCUCAAGCAAGAAGAUCCUUUCACUGAGGUUUUGAUGCCCGGCUCACACGACAACCCCGAUUCUGAGCCUCUUGAUGCAGCUCCCGAAAUCUCCUCCGCAAAUCUACUUUCCGGCUACAAGACCACUACGCGGAGAGCCAACCAGGAGACCACGAGAACCUUGCUGAUGGAGGAGAGCUUGUGCGAGGAAGUGGGAACGCCUGGCCAGACCGCGGUCAAUACGAGUGGAGGUGACGAGGGUGCUGUAGCUGGGCGUGAGAAUACCGUGCACGUGGUGGAGACGGUGGUGACGGUGGUGGUGAAGGACAUCAACGACAACUCCCCGGUCUUCCCCAACACCACCAUGCUGGGACAUGUCAAAGAAAACGGACCUGCGGGCGAGGCGGUGGUGGUGGUAUCGGCGUGGGAUGCGGACGAUGCCGCCGACGGGAGCAACGCGCGCCUCACCUACGCCAUCGAGAAGAACGUGGUUGACGAGGGCUCCAGCGCCGCGAUCUUCCUGAUGGAGCCGCACACGGGCCUGGUGAGGACGGCGCGAUGCUGCCUCGACCGGGAGACCACACCAGAGUACCAGAUCCAGGUGGUGGCCUCAGACGGCGGGGGUCUCAAGGGUACCGGGACAGUCGUGGUGCGUGUGGCCGACGAGAACGACAACUCCCCCCGCCUGGCACGUCGUCUCUGGGAGCUGGAGGUGGAGGAGACGCCCCUCGCCGCCCCGCCGCCCAACACCACCCUGCUGGAGCUGACCGCCGCCGACAGGGACGUGCGCAACACCUUCCUCUACAGAGUAGUGCCGGGCAGCGGACACGGUUGGGAGAACUUCGGGGUGCGUUCCGUGGGCGCCUCGGGUCAGCUCUUCGCCCUCAAGAGCCUCGACUACGAGCAGGAGACGCAUCGACGAGGCUUCCGGUUCAUGGUGCAGGUGACCGACCAGGGCCCCCGCGGCUGGGAGGACCUCAACCACCUGGACUCGGCCUGGGUCACCGUCAAGCUGCGGGACGUGAACGACAACCCGCCGCUCUUUGCACGCCCGCACGCCCACGUCACGGUGAGGGAGGACACCGCGCCCGGCACCUCCCUUGCCGCCCUGCUAGCCCGCGACCCCGAUGCCGGCGGGACACAGGGCGUCGACUACCGUGUGGAGGGUGGCGGGGACGCCUUCUCUGUGGACGGGGACGGCGGCGUCAGUCUGAUGCGGCAGCUGGACCGCGAGGCGCCCGGCGGGGACGAGGUUGUGGUGCUGGUGGUGGCCGUGGACCGCGGCAGCCCGGCUCUCUCCGCCACCGCCACGCUCGCCGUCACCGUCACGGACGUCAACGACUGCCCGCCCUACAUCACACCGCCCACCCUCCUGCACGUGACGGAGGGCGCCCCGCCUACCAGGCUGGGGGUGCUGAAGGUGACCGACCCCGACGUGUGGGCGCUGGGCCACGGGCCGCCUUUCACCCUCUCCCUGGCGCCCUCGAACCCCGCCCACGUCUUCUCCAUGAUCAGCCUGAAGUUCGACUUACGCCUGGACAGCGGGCGCGGCGGGGCGGAGCUGUGGACGUCAGGGCCAUUGGACAGGGAAGAUCACCGGCAGCUGAGCGUGGCCGUGCUGGUGUCCGACGCGCAGGGCCUCGCCGCCACCCACCGCCUCACUGUGCUGGUGGACGACCUCAACGACAACCCCAUGAAGCCCGCGGCCAAGACUGUGUACCUGUGGAAGACUCAGGGCGGCGGGUCUGACGCUCCGCUGGGCCGGGUCUUCGUGGAGGACCCGGAUGACUGGGAUCUAGACGACAAGGAGUUCGAGUGGUCGGGGCCGCCACACCCGCUCUUCACCCUCAGACCCGAUGGUGCUCUUUUCGCCUCCAGUCAGACCCGGGAAGGCAGGUACGACCUCCGCUUCUCCGUUAGUGACCGCGCGUGGCGUCAGCGGGGCGUAGCGGCGAACGUGACGGUGGUGGUGCGGCUCCUCACGCCCGAGGCUCUGGCCCACGCGGCGCCGCUCGCCCUCACGCCCACCACGCCCGCGGACCUCACGCGCGGCUGGUCUCCCUCGGAGGGCGGAGGACGGCUGGGGGCGCUACUGAAGGAGGUGGUGGCCGUGCUGGAGGAGCGAGACGUGGAAGUGGAGGUUGUGAGUGUGUACGGUGGAUGCUCGGCUGCCCCGCCACCCUCACACCCCAGGGCCACCGCCGCAGCCACGCCUCCCGCCCCCGCCAACCCUGCGUCGCCCUCCACCUGCGUCUGGGUCAGCGCUAAGGACUCACGCGGCACCUACCUCGACCCCGUCAAGAUUCAGGGGCUUCUUACGCUUCACACCCGUCAGAUAAUGGCAGCGACCAACCUUACCGUCACCGCCCAGCCGCCGCCCCCCGCCGCCCACACACUCCCUGGCAGAGGCACCGACGCCCACGUGCACUCCGUCACCUCCCUCGCCUCCACCAGUCCCCCGCUGCAGGUCGUGGACACCAACGCCACCUCCCUCGUCACCCCGCGCCUCACCCACGCCGCGCCCUGCCACGCCCUCACACCGGACCUCCCCGCGCCCUCCACGUGUCUCAACGGCGGCCGCUUCUUCAGGGGUGCCGAUGGAAGAGACAGGUGCGUGUGCCCGGGGAGGACGUGGGGCGCGCGGUGCAAGGUGCUGAGCCGUACCUUCUGGGGCUCCGGCUGGGCUUGGCUACGCCCGCUGCCGCCGUGCCUGCCGCUCACCCUCUCGCUGCACCUCCUGACGCGCCACCCCCACGGCCUCCUGCUCUAUGCCGGGCCCUUGUCGCCCUCCCUGCACAAGGCCACACCCGCCCCCAUGGUCGCCCUGCAACUGGUGGACGGGCGGCCCCAAGCUCUGGUGGAGACGGCUGGCGGCGCCCUCAAGCUGCAGGUGAACAAGUCCUUGCACGACGGCCACUGGCACAGCUUGCACCUCAUCCUCGACCACCAGAGCGCGGUGCUAAUGGUGGACCGAUGUGGACGUGGGUGGGGAGGCACGGUGCAGGGCGACGCCCACUGCCUGGCGCGAGGACGGUGGCGCGUCCCUCAGCCGGGCGGUGCAUGGCUGAGCUCAGCGCCUCUCCAGGUGGGCGGCUUUGCCCAUCUCCCUCCGCUUCCAGAGGAGCACGGGUGGCGCGAGGCUCCCACCCACCACCACCUCAACGGCUGCCUCGCGCGCCUCACCAUCAGUACCCAGUUAACUGAUCUUGGGGAGCCUGCCUACACCCAUGCCAGCGUGGGGGGCUGCCGCCCGCAAGACACAGCCUGCCCGAGAAGCUGUGGCGUGAGGGGACAUUGUAUUGGUGGCUUGGAACAUCCACAAUGUGAGUGUGACUCAGGCCUAAUGGGACCAGAAUGUAGCUCACCCACCGUGCCUGCCCGCCUAGGGGCAGCAUCCUACAUGAAGGUGGCGCUGUCCUUCACCCCGGCGCCGCAGGUACUGAGGCUGCAAGUCAGAGUCAGAAUGCGCGGUGCCCGCACCGGCCUGCUGCUGCACCUGGCCUCCCACCACCGCGCCUCCGCCUUCACUCUGCACAUGCAGGCGGGCGUGGCGUGCGCCUCGGUUUCGGGCACCGGCUGGGCGACGCGGAGGGCGUGUGUGUCGCAGCGGCCGCUCGGGGACGGCGUGUGGCACACCGUCGUGGCGGAGCGUCACGGCCACAACCUGUGGGUGAGCGUGGACGACGGGGACGGCUGGAGCUACAACGAGACUCUGGAGUCCCUGGAGACACUCGGCGGGGCGAGACCCCCACCGCCUCUCCUGGUGGACAAACACGACGGUUUGACGGUGGGCGGCCUGCCGGAGUUUACAGGAGUGAACCUGGUGACGGUGCACAACGACCUGCAGAACGCCUGCCUGGACGACAUCAGAGUGUCGCACCACCAACUCCCGCUGCCACCGGCUGUGAACGGCACCCCCUGGGGCCAGGUGACCACCCAGCAGCACCUGCUGCAGGGGUGUCAUCCCCCUGGGAACCCGUGUGCCAACACUACCUGCGCGGCACCGCUCUCCUGCCGCGCUGUUUGGGACCAGCCCUCCUGCAGCUGCGGCCCCGGCACGCAGCUGGUGGACGGUGCGUGUGAGGACGUGGACGAGUGCCUGUGGCGGCCCUGCCUGCAUGGCGGCUCCUGCCUCAACCUGCGGCCUGGAUACCUGUGCGUGUGUGGGCCGGGCCACCUGGGCGACCACUGUCAGUGGUCAGAGUUAGCCUCGAAUGGCCACCCAUUGGCGGCCCCGGCUGCCAUCGCGGCCAUCACCGUGUCCAUCCUGGUGCUGGUGGUCCUGGGCGUUGUGCUGUCUCUGAGGCUGCACCGACUGCGAGGGGCGCAGGGACCGCAAGCAGGAGCGGAGAAAGGUGACAUCCAGAGCGUGAGGGGCACGACAAUAGACAGCAGUGAGGGGGAGAGGGUUGGGAAAACAGGUGUUCGGGAGGACUCGAGCGACACCUUGGUGGAGCUGCUCAAGCUGAGGGUGUCGAGGGAACCGUCAGACCACCAAAGGGAAGGUUCAGUGUCGCUGCACGAGUGGGACAGCUGCGGCAGCCUUGGUUCAGUGACAUUCAUGGAGACUAAGCUGCCCCUCGCUGCCCUGCAUUCCGAGGACCCACAUAAGUGUGCCUGCGAGGGAGUCGUUCCCCUCUCAAGACAUUCCUCUUCCCCUGUGUCAGCGUUGCGGACAUGCCUGGACCUACAUCCGAGCAGCCGUCCAGCCUCAGGGCCCUUGGAGGUGUCUGACCUUCUACAUAACCUUCCUCCUGUGCCUUGCCCCGCCAGCCCCCACGCAGGGCUCCACAGUGCUGGGGGUUACAGAAGACCAAGCCUGCGUGGGCGGGCAGAUACCGAAGAAGACGAGGUACUGGAGCAUCACUGUACGCCUUGCACCUCACCUUCAAGAGGUAGAUCCCUCUCACGUAACCUUGCUUAUGUCUUUAACGUAGAGAGGUCUUACUUGUGUCAAUGACAGUUAGGAGUCACAACCAUGCCAUGCUUAACGCUAACAAUCCUUCUCAGGCAGAGACUUGUCCUCUUUCUUUCCUUCUUACCCCAAACUGUGGAUGACUGGUGAGCCGGGCCUUGGUGUUUGUGGAGUACAUCAUUAUCAUUGUUGUUGCUGUUCUUGGUUUUACUGAUGUCAUCAUCGUCGUCACAACAAGAG